UGUCGUUCCCGCGUCACCACACGUUUCUAGGGGGCGCCGGCGGCGGGGUGCAGCUGGUCAGUCAGGGCCCCAGGUCCGGGAGUCGACGCAGGACACAGGGUCACUGGCGCCAGGCCCUGACCCCGGCCCGUGCGUCUGGAGGAGCCGGGUCCCCUGGCCCCUCCCCUUGACCUCAGGGUCGCUGGAACACUCGCCCUGACGAGGGACAGCCGCUUCCUCGCUCAGAGCCAGGAAGGUUUGCAUUUCCUCACUGCUUUGUCUUGAAGACAACGAUGCCAAAGAAAGCGAAGCCUGCAGAGAACGGGAAGGAAGAGGGGCCUGCUCCCUGUAAGCAGGUUAAGGUGGAGGCAGCUGGUGGGCCUUGCACUUUAAACUUUGACAGCCCCAGUGAUCUCUUUGAAAGUUUAAUCUCGCCCAUCAAGACAGAGACUUUUUUCCAGGAAUUCUGGGAGCAGAAGCCCCUUCUCAUUCAGAGAGAUGACCCUGCACUGGCCACAUAUUACCAGUCCUUGUUCAGGCUGUCAGAUCUGAAGAGUCUGUGCAGCCGGGGUAUGUACUAUGGAAGAGACAUAAAUGUCUGCCGGUGUGUCAAUGGGAAGAAGAAGGUUUUAAAUAAAGAUGGCAAAGUGCACUUUCUUCAGCUGAGAAAAGAUUUUGAUCAGAAAAGGGCAACCAUUCAGUUUCACCAGCCUCAGAGAUUUAAGGAUGAGCUUUGGAGGAUCCAGGAGAAGCUGGAAUGCUACUUUGGCUCCUUGGUUGGCUCGAAUGUGUACAUAACCCCCGCGGGAUCUCAGGGCCUGCCGCCCCAUUAUGAUGAUGUCGAGGUCUUCAUCCUGCAGCUGGAAGGAGAGAAACGCUGGCGCCUCUACCAGCCCACUGUGCCUCUGGCACGAGAGUACAGCGUGGAGGCCGAGGGCAGGAUCGGGAGGCCGGCACAUGAGUUCACGUUGAAGCCGGGUGAUUUCCUGUACUUUCCCAGAGGGACCAUUCAUCAAGCCGACACUCCUCCGGGGCUGGCCCACUCUGCUCACUUGACCAUCAGCACCUACCAGAACAACUCAUGGGGAGAUUUCCUUUUGGACACCAUUUCGGGGCUUGUGUUUGAUACUGCGAAGGAAGACCUGGAGUUACGGGGUGGUCUACCCCGGCAGCUGCUCCUGCAGGUGGAAACUACAGCUGUUGCAAGAAGACGACUAAGUGGCUUUCUGAGGAUGCUGGCAGACAGGCUGGAGGGCACCAAAGAGCUGCUUUCAGCAGACAUGAAGAAGGAUUUCGUUAUGAACAGACUCCCACCUUACUAUGUGGGGGAUGGAGCAGAGCUGUCGACGCCAGGUGGACAGUUACCGAGGUUGGACAGCAUAGUGAGACUGCAGUUUAAAGACCACAUCAUCCUCACAGUAGGGCCGGAUCCAGAUCGCUCUGAUGAAACUCAAGAAAAGAUGGUUUAUAUCUAUCAUUCCUUAAAGAAUAGCAGAGAGACACACAUGAUGGGAAAUGAGGAAACAGAGUCUCAUGGACUUCGCUUUCCUUUAUCACAUAUGGAUGCACUGAGGCAAAUUUGGAACACUACAGCGAUUUCUGUCAAGGACCUGAACCUUACUACAGAUGAGGAAAAGGAAAGCCUGGCAUUAGCCCUCUGGACAGAGUGUUUAAUCCAGGUAGUCUAGUGCCUUCGCAGAGUUGGGUAUCUACUGUUUUAUGUGUACCUAUGAAAAGGAAAGCUAGGAUUGAUGUGCUGGGGAGCCCUGUUGCUUUGAGUCAACACACUGGGUAGGAGGGACGGUUAUAUACAACUUCCUUACCUGUGUAUCUGAUAACAUGAGACCUACCUGUUACAGGUGGUCACUUGGCCAUAUGUAUUAACAGAGGCACAUGGAAGAAAGAAUGGCAAAUUGCUAAGUGUCUCAGAAAGUGACAAAACUAUACUUUUGACAAGUUUAUUUAAUCCAGCGUGGUAGAAAAGGCACAAUUCCAAUAAAUGUAUCAUUUAAAUUUAAAGGUCA